CGAGCUGCUGGAUGUAGAAGGAAAGUAGGUCGUGCGCACGGAAAAUGCCGCUAAGGGACAAGUGUUGUCAGACUGACCACCAUCACCAUGGAUGCUGUGAACCAGUGCAUCUGUUGGAACCUGGUGAUCCUCCAUUAUUACAGCAGCCUCUGCAAACAUCAAAAUCCGGUAUUCAACAAAUCAUUGAGUGUUUUCGAUCAGGAACUAAACAACUUAAACAUAUAUUGUUAAAAGAUGUGGACACCAUUUUUGAGUGUAAAUUGUGCCGGAGUCUCUUCAGAGGAUUACCAAAUUUAAUUACUCAUAAAAAGUUUUAUUGUCCUCCAAGUCUCCGGAUGGAUGAUAACCUCCCAGAUAUAAAUGAUAAACAGAGUCAAGCCAUAAAUGACCUCCUGGAAGCAAUCUAUCCAAGGGUAGAUAAGCAGGAAUAUGUAAUUAAAUUAGAACCUAUAGAAACUAAUCAGAAUGCUGUAUUUCAGUAUGUAUCAAGGACUGAUAGCCCAGAUGAGAACACAGACAGUAGUAAUACCCCCGAUCAAGCUCCAGUACAGAUACAGGAACCCAGCACUGAGCAAACCAAGACUGUUUCAGCUCCAGCCCCAAUCCCAGCUGGGGAGACUGUAGAAGUACCUCCUGCUGAUCCCGUUACAAACAAGGUGAUACCUACUCCUGAAGAACAGCCUCCAUCAGUAAAUCCUGAGUUGGACUCUCUGGACAAUUCUGAUUUUGGUCACCAGUUGAUAUGUUGCCUUUGUAGGAAAGAAUUUCAUUCCAGACGCAGUGUACGCCGGCACAUUCGAAAGGUACACAAAAAAAAGAUGGAAGAGCUAAAGAAAUACAUAGAAACAAAAAAGAAACCAAAUCAGUGCUCCGCAAAAGGACGAAAUAAGAAUGUUCUUGUAACUUUAGGUAGAAGUUGUCCUGUAUGUUAUAAAUCAUUUGCUACAAAAGCCAAUGUAAGGAGGCAUUUUGAUGAAGUUCAUAGAGGAUUAAGAAGGGAUUCCAUUACUCCUGAUAUAGCUACAAAGCCUGGGCAACCUUUGUUCUUGGAUACAGUUUCUGCUAAAAUAUCUUCUAAGACCCGAAAACAAAAGUCGUCUUCAAAGGCUGAAUACAAUUUAACUGCAUGCAAAUGCCUUCUGUGUAAGAGAAAAUAUAGUUCACAAGUAAUGCUGAAAAGGCACAUGCAAAUUGUUCACAAGAUAACUCUUUCUGGAAAGAACUCUAAGAGAGAAAAAGGACCCAACAAUACUGCCAAUGGCACAGAAAUAAAACUGAAAGUUGAACCAGCAGAUUCUGUAGAACCUUCACCCCCUUCCAUUGCCCUUUCUCCACAGAAUGAAUUAAAGGGAACAAAUCAUUCAAACGAGAAAAAGAGCAUACCGUCAGCACAGAAAAAUAAAGUUAAACCGGACUCUGAAAACCCUAAAUCAACUUCUAAAUCAACCACUAAAUCAACCUGUAAAUCAACCACUAAAUCAACCUGUAAAUCAACGAAUGCAUCUGCUGCAGGUGGCCAGCAAAAAACCAGGAAGCCAAAACUUUCAGCUGGCUUUGACUUCAAGCAGCUUUACUGUAAACUCUGUAAACGCCAAUUUACUUCUAAACAGAACUUGACAAAACACAUUGAAUUACACACAGAUGGAAAUAACAUUUAUGUAAAAUACUACAGGUGUCCACUCUGCUCUUAUGAAACACGUCGCAAACGUGAUGUGAUAAGACAUAUAACUGUAGUUCAUAAGAAGUCACCACGCUACCUUGGGAAAAUAACUGCAAGUUUAGAAAUUAGAGCAAUAAAAAAGCCAAUUGAUCUUGUUCUAAAUAAGGUGACAAAAAGAGGCCCUCAGAGGGAUGAAACAAAACAGAUUGUUUCAAAACAGGAUGUCACCUCUGAUUCUCCCAAUAAAAAGUAUGAAGGAGCUGAUGUUGGCAUUGAAGUAAAAGUAACAAAAAACUUUUCUCUGCACCGAUGCAAUAAAUGUGGGAAAGCGUUUGCCAGAAAAGCUUUUCUAGAACAUCAUAAGAAAACCCACAAAGCAAAUGUAUCUCAUUCACCUGAAGAAAAUAAAACCAAAGGCAGAAGUACAAGAUCUAAAGCUGUUGUCUGGUGA